GCCUUUGGACGGUUGGCCCCUGUAUUUAUUUAAUGGCUGAUUAGCAAUAUUGAGUUUUUGUGUGUGUUUUUUUUGCAGAGCGUUGCUGGUCGCCGGGGGUCUCGCACGCGCCUGGUGCUGCUGGCUGUUGGACACCCCCCCCCUUUUCUCUCCAGCCUUCGGGCCCCAGGGCUGACCAAUCCAUGGCGGAAACCAUUUUUGGCAGCGGCAAUAACCAGUGGGUGUGUCCCAAUGACCGGCAUCUGGCUCUCCGCGCCAAGCUUCACAGCGGCUGGUCGAUGCACACUUUCCAGACAGACCGUCAGAGGAAGAUGCAGGCACUGGAUUCGAACGAGAUGGAGGUCAUUCUGGCGGUCAUCCGAAGAGCCGAAAAGCUGGACAUAAUCGAGCAGCAGAGAAUUGGGCGCCUGGUGGAACGGCUGGAGAACAUGCAGAAGAGCAUCUUGGGAAACGGGUCGACUCAGUGCCUGCUAUGUGGAGAAGGCCUGGGGUUUCUGGGGAGCGCGGCCGUGUUUUGCCAAGAUUGCAAAAAGAAAGUUUGCACAAAGUGUGGCAUAGAAAUGCCGGAUCCCCACAAACGGACCGUUUGGUUCUGUAAGAUCUGCAACGAGCAGAGAGAGGUCUGGAAGCGAUCUGGGGCCUGGUUCUACAAAGGUCUCCCGAAAUGCAUCUUGCCCUUAAAAGGGAGCAGCGGCAGCAAAGCCAAAGAAAUCCACAUUCGACCCCCUCCUCCUCGCCUGGCACCCCCAUCCCUGGAACUCCGGGGCAGUGGGAUGGAUCACACCUACACCUGGGCCAGGAGCAAAGUUGUCUCCAGUGACAGUGACAGCGACUCUGAGAUCAGCUCCUCCAGUUUUGACAGUCGGUCCUUAUCCGUGAGAUCAAAGAGUUUCCAGAUCAGGAAACACCCAGCAGACUCUGUUUCCAGUGGUGAGGCUGCUCAGUCGCCAAGUGGGAGUGUCGGUCGGACUUUGGGCAGUACCAAAUCAGAAAGCCAGAGCAGUCUGGGCAGCGAGCGCUACAGUGCCCCGGAGGGCUACCAAAGUGAUCGUGAAGAUGGGGAGAGCGAUACUGUCCGAAGCGCUCCCGGUGAACAGCGGCGUGCCGGGGCGCUCGGCUUAGCAGGGCCGGGCUGGCGACGGCCUCUCCGGGCUCUUCGCAGCGGCGGCGGCGCCGACACCCGCAACCACCUCCUCCUCCUGCCUGCUCCUCCUCCUUCUCCUCCGCCGGCGGGCGCCCCUGCGGGAGCCGCCCGCAUGAGCCUCCGCAAAGGCGACAAGCCGCCCAUCAGCAUCCAGGAGCACAUGGCCAUCGACGUCUGCCCGGGUCCCAUCCGCCCCAUCAAGCAGAUCUCCGACUACUUCCCGCGCUUCCCCCGCGGCCUCCCCGCCGCCGCCGCGCCGCUCAGCCGGAGCCAAAGCCAGCGCCGCGCCUCGGCCGGCCCGGCCAGCCCCAGCCCGUCCGGGACGCCCCCGCCGCGGGACGACGAUGAGGACCUGGACCAGCUCUUCGGCGCCUACGGCAGCGGGGACGCCCCCCCGACGGCGCGAGCCCCCGAGCCCCCGCAGCAGGACGACCCCCUUACCCAUCCGCCACCCCCGCCGGCCCGCGCGGAGGAGGAAGAGGAGGCGGCCGACGGCUACGAGUCCGACGACUGCACUGCGCUGGGGACGUUAGAUUUCAGCUUGCUGUACGAUCAGGAAAACAACGCCCUUCACUGCACAAUCAACAAAGCCAAGGGCCUGAAGCCGAUGGACCAUAAUGGACUGGCUGAUCCAUACGUGAAAUUGCAUUUACUCCCUGGAGCGAGCAAGGCGAACAAACUGAGGACCAAAACUUUGCGGAAUACAUUAAACCCCACUUGGAAUGAAACCCUCACAUACUACGGGAUCACCGACGAAGACAUGAUCCGCAAAACGCUUAGAAUCUCGGUUUGCGACGAAGACAAAUUCCGCCACAACGAGUUUAUUGGCGAAACGAGGAUCCCUCUGAAGAAACUGAAGCCCAACCAGACUAAGAAAUUCAACAUUUGCCUGGAGAAACAGCUUCCGAUGGACAAAAUGGAAGACAAGUCGUUGGAGGAACGUGGCCGGAUCCUUGUUUCCUUGAAAUACAGUUCUCAAAAACAGGGCCUGCUGGUCGGCAUCGUCCGCUGUGCCCACUUGGCUGCCAUGGAUGCCAACGGUUACUCCGAUCCCUAUGUGAAAACCUACUUGAAACCGGACGAGGACAAGAAAUCUAAGCAUAAGACCGCCGUUAAGAAGAAAACCCUCAACCCAGAAUUUAAUGAGGAAUUUUGCUAUGAGAUAAAGCAUGGAGAUUUGGCCAAAAAGACCUUGGAAGUAACAGUCUGGGAUUACGACAUUGGAAAAUCCAACGACUUCAUCGGUGGUGUGGUUCUGGGCAUCAACGCCAAAGGGGAACGCCUGAAGCACUGGUUCGACUGCUUAAAAAACAAGGAUAAGAAAAUCGAACGAUGGCACACGCUUACCAACGAACUCCCGGGAGCUCUCCUCAGUGACUGACUGCUCGGACCUCGAACCCGGGACCUCACCCGCCAAUUGUCAAAGAGACAGAGGGAUUAUGGGAUUAUGGGUUUCUUGACUGCACGUGAUUCAUUCAGGGCCUCCCAGGGCAGAGGGGGGAAAAUGGGCCGAGCUGGGUAGGGGGUAUGGUUCAUUUUCCAGAGACUCCAAUCCGAAGCAAUUUGGGGUUGGGUUUUUUUGGGGGGUGGUGGUUUGGCAAAACCCAUGCUAUUUUUUUUUUCUAGGAUGCCUUCAACCCUGUGUGUGUAUGUAUGUGUGUGAGAGUGUGUGUGGGUUUGGGGAAUAAAUAACCCUGCAUGUGUUAACAGUUGUGAUUUAUAUGCAUAUUCUGAAUUUGAGGUUUGAACAAUUAGCCUCUAAAUACGUUUCAGCAGGUUUACUAACUCUCUAAAACAGGGGCAUCCAAUCUUGGCAGCUUUAAGACUUGUGGCUGGGGAAUUCUGGGAGUUGAAGUCCACAGGUCUUAAAGUUGUCAAGGUUGGAUAGCCCUGCUUUAAUAGAAGACACUCUGGAUUCCAUUUUCGAUAGUUGGAUGAUGUGGGGCAGGGAUUUUUUCUGCCUUUAAUGUUUCCGAGGAUUUUAGUUCUUGGUUUGUGUGCCUGCGUGUAUGUGUGUAUGUAUAUAUACGUGUGUGUCUGGUUGUACAAUGAGAGCUUGCUAUACUUUCGGCGUCCCUAGUGUUUUAGCUGCCCUUCCUGACAAUCUGUACAACACCACAAAGGGCUGUGUAACUAAUUACUAAUUAUACUUCCCCCAAAAAAUAACAUUUCUGUUUCUUCGGCCUUUGCUCUAAUUAUUAUUUUUUUUUAAAAAAAUGCAAGACUUUCAAAAAAGAACAGCUCAAAAUUCCCCAUUCAUUCAAAAUGCAGGUGGUCCUCGACUUAGGACGACAUUCGAGAUAAAAUUCGUCGCUAAGCGAGACACAGUGGUUAAGUGAGAUUUGCCCCAGUUUACGAUCUUCCUUAACAAGGGUUAAGUGGAUCACUGCC